UCAAAGUACUUAAGUACAUAAGAUUAUGAAGAACAUGCUAGUCAUUCCAGUAAAAGAACAGGCAAGACACAACGAACAAUAUACAGCUGCAAAAACGUUUAAAGAGUACAUGAGCAAAUGCGUCCACAUCAAGGCAAGAUAAAGUCCGAAUUAAAAUUCAAGAUCGCCUUUGUAGGCAAUGCUGGCGUUGGAAAGACGUCUUUGAUGAUGAGAUAUACACAAGAAAGUUAUCGAGAAAGGAGAAGUACGUUGGGAAUUUGCAACUAUACAAAGAUUCUACGCGUUGAUGACGAACCUAACGUAAAGCUUGAAAUCUGGGACACAGCUGGGCAAGAGCGUUAUCGAACAAUCACACAAAGUUACUACAGAGAUGCAAACGGCCUCAUUUUGACCUACGACAUCACACAAUUAGAGUCACUGGCUUGUCUAAGGGAUUGGAUAGAGGACGUCAGAAGGUACGCAAACAAAAGCAUAAGAAUGAUUUUAGUAGGAACAAAACUUGACGUCGCCGAGCGACAACGAGAAGUUACCGAAGAACAGGCGAGAAAGUUUGCAUCGCAUUAUCCGGACAUAGUUGAUGUCGUAGAAACAUCUUCAAAGAAUAAUACAAACGUUGACAUGGUAUUCAUAAAACUGUGUCACGCGUUGAAGGAAGAACAUGACAUGACUGCAACAGGUACAAUGAACUUUAACGAUGUAACACUUACUAAGAAAAAGCGUUCGUAUUCCAGACUAUGUAAGAUCAGCAGCUGUUGCAAAUGAACAGAAAAUGAUUUGGUUGAUUCGUUUGGUUGAAUUACUUAACAUGGACCCUGAUUUCGUAUUUGAGUAUCAAGCGUAGUUCUUAGAAAUUUCUGUAAAUGUCUCGUCUCAUUAUAUUGUAACUCCUAUACUGUUGGAUCUGAUAGUACCAAAAAACACGACAAUAAGGGCAUAAUACGAUAUGUAAGCAUAAAAAAUUAGGAAAAAUGAGACAAGGUAAAUAACAAGGACACGUGCUAAAGUGUAAUCGUCAGUUGAACCUUCGUGAUAUUUAAAUUUCAAAAUAAACUAAGAAUGGUGCGAACUCAAUACUAUCGUACGAAAUAAGUCAAAUGAAAGAACUUUAUCUUUAACAAGAUACAACGUAAAUGUAAAAUGAAGACUUUUAUACUAAAAUAUAGAUAAAGCUAAAACAAGAUUAUUGAAGAAAAAAGACAGGUUCUUUUUAAUGCUCCCAAGUAUUACUUUAAAACAAUCCUGCUUAGAAGUUCAAUAUUAUUCUCAAAUAUUUUGUAUACUGUUUGCUGGAGUUGAUUCCGAUUUCAUUUAAAAUAAAAUCGUCAUUUGAUUCUUUUUUGUAGUUUGUCGAUAUAUAAGUAUAAAUUGAUGUACAUAAUGAAUAUAUUCUUUUGUUUA